GACGCGGUUGUUGACACGACGCGACAUCACUAUCUAUACCCUGAACCUGCGACAUAUUUGACGCAGAUGAUGCCUUCUGCUGACAAUUGUAUGCCUUGCCUCGGAAUACACGUUGCACCGACUCGCAUCAUGGAAUGCAGCAUCAUCCCGUGGCACUUGAGCCAAAUGCACGGCAACAACGACGUAGCAACAACACUUGCACCUUGAACAUGCCUCCAGACGAACAGGAACCCUUGUUGUCGCGAUCCGCUUCGCCGACAGACAGCAAUAAGACCUUUGUUUCCGGCGAUGAGUCCAGUACCACCGUCGGCGAAGGGACAACGCGCUCCAUCGAAGACGAUGUGCUCCCAGAAACAUCAACCCUCGGGCGGACCAUAAACUGGCCCAGUGCCUACAUCCUCGUCAUCUCGCGUGUCAUCGGAAGCGGCAUAUUCGCAACACCAGGCGUCAUUGUGAAGUCGGUCGGAAGCGUUGGUCUCUCGCUCACACUAUGGGUCGUUGGAGCUAUCAUCGCAGCCUGCGGACUCGCAGUGGGAUUAGAGUAUGGUUGUAUGCUACCUCGUUCGGGCGGCGAGAAGGUCUAUCUGGAGUUCACGUAUCGGAAACCGCGGUUCCUAGCGAGCACAAUGGUUGCGACACAGGCUGUGCUGCUAGGCUUUACAGCAAGUAACUGCAUCGUUUUCGCGCAGUAUACGCUCUACGCGUUCGAUAUCGAGGCUACAGAUUUCUUGCGGAAGAGCCUGGCUGUAGGGUUGCUUACUGUGAUCACGAUUAUACAUGGUUGCUUCAGGACGGCUGGUAUCAGGAUCCAGAACUUCCUUGGAUGGAUCAAGGUUGGGCUUGUUGUUUUCAUGAUCUUUGCUGGCCUUUUCGCCGUCGCCCUUCGACCUCAAGGACCCGACGGGAAGAGAAGUCACUUUCCAACCGGACCAGACCUGUGGAAGGACACAGACUGGAGCUGGGGCAUUAUUUCAACAUCUCUGUUCAAAGUAUUCUAUUCAUUCGCCGGCUUGAACAACGUCAACAACUCGGUUUCCAUCACCGCACUCGUAACGGCAUGUAUUCUGUACUUGCUGAUCAACGUCGCGUACUUCACCGUUGUCCCUCUAGACGAGGUCAAGGAUAGUGGAGAGCUCAUUGCGGCGCUGUUCUUCGAGAAGGUCUUCGGGGCGCGGGUAGGAAAGACGUUAUUGCCGCUUGCUGUGGCAUUGUCAGGAGCUGGGAAUGUUAUGGUCGUCACAUUCGCCUUAGCGCGUCUUAACCAGGAAAUCGCCCGCCAGGGUUUCCUCCCCUAUUCCAAGAUCCUCGCAUCCUCACACCCCUUCAACGCACCUCUCGGGGGACUAAUAGUGCACUAUAUACCUUCGCUCCUUGUCAUCGCACUUCCACCGUCCAGCGAAGUAUACUCCUUUAUACUAGAAGUAGAGGGUUAUCCUGGUCAAGUGUUUGCACUAGCGACGUCCGCUGGACUGCUGUGGCUGAGAUAUAAGAGACCAGAUCUGAAACGGCCAUUCAGAGCGUGGAGGGCCGCUGUCGUCCUCCGUGUCGUCUUGAGUGUAUCACUUUUGGCUGCUCCUUUCUUCCCGCCGAAGGGCGGGCGGAAGAAGGGUGAGCUCUGGUAUGCAACGUAUGCAGUUGUCGGCAUCUCGGUGAUCAUCUUUGGAUUUUUGUACUGGUACGUUUGGAUCAAGCUCAUUCCGCGGUGGAAAGGCUACCGGGUGGAAGAGGAAACAAGCGUCCUUGACGACGGGACAACGACGUAUGACCGCCCCUUUGAAGUCCACCCAGCAACUAUCCGCGACGUACGAGGCAGCGAAAACAAGUAUACCCUCGAUGGCAAUGGCUUCCAAUUCCACCGAAACAGUGCGCAAGAGAAGGACUUUCUAGAUGACGAGAAGAUUAAGAGCGGAUACUAUGCUGAGACUGAGCAGCUGCUGAAAGACGUUACGGGCGCAUCCCGCGUCUUCAUCUUCGACCACACGAUCCGGCGCCAGCCCCCUGGCCUCGCAGCUGCAGGCCGCAACCUACGCGGGCCGGUGCAACGCGUACACAUUGAUCAAUCUUACUCAGCAGCUCUGUCGCGCGUGCCUCACCACUUACCUGAAGACGCGGAGAAGAUCCUCAAAGGCCGCGUGCAAAUCAUCAACGUGUGGCGUCCGAUUAAGACGGUGCAGCGCGAUCCGUUGGCGGUCGCUGAGGCGAGUAGUGUAGAUGAUGGCAGUUUAGUUGUUACUGAGUUGAUUUAUCCGAAUCGGAGGGGUGAGACGUAUGCUGUUAAGCAUGAUGCUGGGCAUCGGUGGUUCUAUAAAUCUGGGUUGACGCCUGAUGAGGUUUUGCUUAUCAAGUGCUUUGAUUCCAAGCUCGAUGGGAGGGCGAGGCGCGUGCCGCAUACAGCAUUCCAUGUUCCGGGCACAGAGGACAAGGAGGGACGGGAGAGUAUUGAAGUCAGAGCGCUGGUGUUCCAUGAGGAUGAUACUCUGGAGUAG